AUGUUCAUUAACCGAUGACUAUUCUCUACUAACCACAAAGACAUUGGCACUUUAUAUUUACUAUUUGGGGCAUGGGCCGGCAUAGUAGGCACUGCCUUGAGCCUCCUUAUUCGAGCCGAAUUAGGUCAGCCUGGCACCCUAUUGGGAGACGACCAAAUUUAUAAUGUUGUCGUAACUGCCCAUGCUUUCGUGAUAAUCUUCUUCAUGGUUAUACCCAUUAUAAUUGGAGGGUUCGGAAAUUGACUGGUUCCACUGAUGAUCGGUGCCCCAGACAUAGCAUUUCCCCGAAUAAACAACAUGAGCUUUUGAUUACUCCCCCCAUCCUUUCUUCUAUUACUAGCAUCCUCUAUAGUAGAAGCAGGCGCAGGGACAGGAUGGACUGUGUACCCCCCAUUAGCUGGCAACCUAGCCCAUGCAGGAGCAUCAGUAGACCUUACAAUCUUCUCCUUACACCUUGCCGGGGUAUCCUCAAUUCUAGGGGCAAUUAAUUUUAUUACCACAAUUAUCAAUAUAAAACCUCCUGCAAUAUCCCAAUAUCAAACCCCUUUAUUCGUAUGAUCAGUAUUAAUUACAGCAGUCCUAUUACUACUAUCACUACCCGUACUGGCCGCAGGAAUCACAAUACUCCUAACGGAUCGAAACCUUAACACAACCUUUUUUGACCCUGCCGGAGGGGGAGACCCAAUCUUAUAUCAACACUUAUUCUGAUUCUUUGGACAUCCUGAGGUUUAUAUCUUAAUCUUGCCUGGGUUUGGAAUAAUUUCCCAUAUCGUUACAUACUACUCCGGGAAAAAAGAACCUUUUGGUUACAUAGGAAUAGUCUGAGCAAUAAUAUCUAUUGGAUUCUUAGGCUUUAUCGUGUGAGCCCACCACAUAUUUACUGUAGGAAUGGACGUAGAUACACGAGCAUACUUCACAUCCGCUACUAUAAUUAUUGCCAUCCCGACUGGGGUUAAGGUAUUUAGCUGACUAGCGACGCUUCACGGAGGUAAUAUUAAAUGAUCCCCAGCCAUACUAUGAGCCCUAGGGUUUAUCUUUCUUUUCACAGUAGGCGGACUGACAGGCAUUGUCCUGGCUAACUCGUCCUUAGAUAUUGUCCUUCACGAUACAUACUAUGUUGUAGCCCACUUCCAUUAUGUGCUUUCAAUAGGAGCAGUAUUUGCCAUUAUAGGCGGAUUUGCUCACUGAUUCCCCCUAUUCUCAGGCUAUACUCUCAAUGAUACUUGAGCAAAAAUUCACUUUACAAUUAUAUUUGUAGGGGUUAAUAUGACUUUCUUCCCUCAACACUUUCUAGGGCUAUCAGGAAUACCUCGUCGGUAUUCAGACUACCCAGAUGCGUAUACGACAUGAAAUACCGUCUCCUCUAUAGGCUCAUUCAUCUCACUCACUGCAGUGAUAUUAAUAAUUUUCAUGAUCUGAGAGGCAUUCGCCUCCAAACGAGAAGUUGCAACAGUGGAGCUCACCACAACCAACAUCGAGUGAUUACAUGGAUGUCCCCCUCCAUACCACACAUUUGAGGAACCCACAUACGUUAUCCAAAAAUAA